AUGACUUCUCUUACAAGUCUGAUUACUAUUGUGGCUUUUCUUCCAUUUGCAGUGUCUGAUAUAUCCUUCAAGCCGAAUGUCACCCAUACGAUAGGGAUCUCGCCGGCCGAUGUUCCGAGACCAGGGAAGCGAUUUGUGGAUGCAACCUAUCAAUCGUUUUCCAUUGAGUUUUCGUUUAUGGCAGACUACGCGGGAAAUGAUUCACACCCCAAUUUAUUCUCGAGGCAAAUGCUUCAGAAUUUGUAUGACAUAUCGGGGGCAUAUCCGAUCAUCCGGGUGGGCGGCAGCACUCAAAAUGCUGCCGUAUACUACCCAAAUCAAACCGAGGCGAUUAUCGCCCCGUUCAGCUCUGUCGCUGCUGACCAGCCAUCCCACUCAUUUCUUGGCCCUUCAUGGCUGGAAUCAUUUCGACAAUUCCCUAACGGCACCCAAUACAUCUAUGAGGUUGGCAAUGGCCUUGAUCAGUGCGUACUGGAAGCAAAUGCUGCCCACAAGGCAAUGGGCGACUCGUUAUAUGCAUUUGAGAUUGGGAACGAGGUGGAUGGCUGGGGAAAUGACACGCACAGGCCAGGUGAUUGGACAGUCCAAAGCUACGUGGACCAAUGGAACGAGUAUGCGACGGCGAUCAGUCGGAACCUGACUGGCAAGGAUGCAGCGAAAUUGUUUCAAGGAUGUGCCUUUCAGGCACCUCGCCAUCUCAACGACAGGACCGACUGGAAUGUUCAAAAUGCCGAGCUAGAUGGUAUGGGUUCGGACAAAACAAAGGCUGUUGCUGAUCACGAGUAUAUGGGUGCUAACUGCCACUACACGGGUGCUGGGCCAACGAUUGAGACCACCCUGUUCGAUCGCACUAAUAUGCUUUCCCGUGUUUGGUACCAUGAUUAUUUGGGCAAUGCGACGGCUAGCUCGGGGAUCGACUAUGUUAUUGGUGAAACCAACUCCAUUUCUUGUCAGGGCGCUUUCAAUAUCUCAGAUGUGAUGGCAUCUGCUGUCUGGGAUGUUGACUAUGUCAUGUAUCUUUCCUCACUCAAGGUCUCGCGUGUUCAUUUCCACAUGGGAACACGCUAUCGCUACUCACCCUGGCAGCCUAUUUUCUACAACGACAGUGCUGCUCAUGUCAAACCACUUUACUACGGAAAUCUGUUCAAUGCUGCAGUGUUUGCCGGUGGAAACAAGCAGACGGAAGUUCUCGUCAAUGAAACAAACUUUGGUGCAUAUGCGGUCUACACAUCAGGAAAACUUGAUGCUAUUGUGGCGGUCAAUCUCAACAUGUGGAACUCAACAUUCGAUCCAAUUUCCCGACCUUAUACAGCGCUAGCCCUUCCAGAUGGUUGGAACGAUGCCAAGGUUUCCAGGCUGACAAGUCCUGGAGUCGAUAUUGCCGAUAAUAUUACCUUUGCCGGGCAAUAUAUUGACGAUCAGGCCCAAGUUGUAGGGCGAAAAACAUACGACAAGGUGACAGGUGGCAAGGUUCUAGUUGGGGCUGGUGAGGCAGUACUUGUCCACAAGUGA